UCUUCUUCUUCUACCUCACACUACAUUCCAUUCAACUAUAACACUUACCUUUUUACCCCAAACACCCAACACACAACUAACCUUUCACAAUGUCCGACAUGGGAAGACAAUCCUUCGGUGACAAGGCUGAGGCCGCCCUCAAGCCCGACUCCCAGAAGAGCUACCUCGAGCAGGCCAAGGACACCAUUGCCGGAAAGGCCGACUCUGCCGCCUCCUCUGCCCAACCCGAAUCCCAGAAGUCCUGGACUCAACAGGCCGGUGACGCCAUCUCUGGAAACCAGAACGAGAACUCUGGCUCCCUCCUCGACAAGGCCAAGGACGCCCUCGGCAUGAACGAGAACAAGCCCACCACCAACUAAGGAUGGUUCAUUGUGCUGAGCCUUAGGGCUUCGUACGGAGGUGAUUGAAAUAGCAAUGUACAUAUAGUCAAUGCAAAUGAAUGUAUGGUUAACCAAAG